AGCUUCGAAGCUCGCCGCGAGCCAGACGCAAGGUGGCUAUGGUGCUCCUCCAGCACAAGCUCCGGGAGGGUCGGCUUACCCCCCUCAGCCCCCUGCUGGCCAGAAGCCUGGCUACGUAAGUACCGACUGGCACUCGGCUUGGCGUGUCUUGUCACUGAUUCCUGCCCAAAUCAAUGCAGCCUGGACAAAAUCAAUACCAAGCUUACCCGGGAAAUGCCGGUGCUCCUCAGUCUUACCCACCCGGCCAAUAUCCACCCCAGCAAUCGUAUCGUCCUCCUCCUGGCAACGCUCCAUAUGGCGGUGCAUAUCCUCCACAGUCACAAGCCGGCCCUGAGCAGACUGCCGCCUAUAAGCGAUUGCUCCAGGCCACUGUCCAGGAGAAGAACCUCCAGAACAUCUAUCCUCCCAAUAGCCCUAUUUUGGACCAGCUUGCGAGUCGAGUGACAACGCAAGUCGAUCAUUUGUGUUCCGCUUGGCGCAUCCCUCGCGAGGUCGCCCAAGAUAUCGUUAAACUUUCUUUGUUCGAUAUCAUCCUCUAUAUCGAUGACAGUGGUUCCAUGGUCUUUGAGGAGAAGGGAUCUCGUAUCGAUGAUUUGAAGCUCAUCCUCAACCGCGUCGCAUACGCAGCAACGCUUUUUGAUCAAGAUGGCGUAACUGUUCGUUUCAUGAACCAUAAUCUCGUUGAUGACCCUCGUGCCCCGCCUGAGAGGACCGGAAACAACAUCCGGACGGAGGAAGAGGUUGAGCGGCUGGUUUCUGGCGUACACUUCAAGGGCCUCACACCGAUGGGUACCAGCCUUCGUGACAAGAUUUUACGCCCUCUUGUUCUUGCCAAGGCAGAAACUGGCCAGUUGACCAAGCCAGUGCUCAUCAUCACCAUCACUGACGGUCAGCCGGCUGGAGAGCCGCAGAAUAUGGUUUUUGAUGUCAUUCGUGAAGCUGCAGACAAACUUGCACGGCUGCCUCGUUAUGGUUCUGGCGCCAUUGCGUUUGAGUUUGCACAGGUUGGAAAUGAUUUAAAGGCUCGGGAAUUCUUGGGAAAGCUUGACAAUGAGCCUGGUGUCGGCCAUCUCGUGGACUGCACAUCGAAUUUUGAAGUCGAACAAGAUGAAAUGUCUCGUGCUCAACCUCCUGUGGACUUGACACCAGAGCUUUGGUUAGCGAAGCUCCUUCUUGGCGCCGUUGACUCAUCCUAUGAUACAAAGGAUGAGGCUACCAACCGUCCGUCUGGUGCUCAGGCGUACGGAGCACCUCCCUAUGCGCAACAGCCCUACGGAGCCCCGCCACCGGGACAGUAUGGCGCACCUGGAGGUUACGGAGCGCAGCCGCCCUAUCCUCAACCUCCUCAGCAGGGAUACGGGGCCGCGCCCCAAGGUUAUGGACCACCAGGUGGACACUCGCCUCUACCAGGUGGUGGAUAUCAAGCUCCUCCGCCGCCCCCUCGCUACUAAUGGCGCAGAAGGGUGAGGCACCGGUGGGAAAGUUUGCCUUUUCGUGAACAAAAGGGAGAUUUGGGACAUAAGUUAAGCAUUAUUCUUAUUAAUAGCUUUGCAUGCUUGCAAGUACCUUGAUUUUUGAUUAUUAGCCGAAAUAAAUGAUGAAAAAAGGACA